CGGGAGUGUGUGUGUGUGUGUGUUCGCUCUGGUUGAGAUUCGCGGGUCUGAUCGGUGAGUGUGUGUAAGUGUGUGAGAGUGUACACGCGCGCGCGCUGACUGUGGAUGUGGUCUGCGAGCUCUGGGUUAGACUCCGUGGUUUGGACCGAGUGUGUUUGUGUGUGUGUGUGUGUGUGUGUUUGAGUGUGUGUGUGUGUGUGUGUGUGUGCGCGCCCCCGCUCGCCAUGGCCGCGGUGAAGGCUCUCCAGCAGUGGUGUAAGCUGCAGUGUGAAGGUUACAGAGACGUGUCCAUCACCAACAUGACCACCUCGUUCAGGGACGGACUGGCCUUCUGUGCGCUCAUACACCACCACAGACCCGACCUCAUAGACUUUGACUCCUUAAACAAGGAAAAUGUUUACGACAACAACCACCUGGCGUUCCGUGUGGCAGAGGAGCAGCUGAACAUUCCUGCUCUGCUGGAUGCAGAAGACAUGGUGGCUCUGAAAGUUCCUGAUCGUCUCAGCAUCCUCACCUACGUCUCGCAGUACUACAACUACUUCCACGGCCGCUCUCCCAUCGGGGGUUUGGCAGGAGUCAAGAGGCCGGCUGAGGAACCCAUCGACCGUACGUCAGGGAGCAAGAACCCACCGGUCACAGCUAAAGUCUACAGCUCACCGAAAACCAUCACAGAACCCACCAAGAAGGACGUCCCUGUAGAGCGUUCCGAUAAAUCUGGCACAAUAAACCGGGGCUGCAAUAUCUGCAACCAACACGUCCACCUCGUGCAGAGACACCUCGUGGACGGGAAACUCUACCACAGGAACUGUUUCAAAUGCAGCGAGUGCUCGAAUAUUCUCCUCUCAGGAACUUACAAACCUGGAAAAGAGCCCAACACUUUUAUCUGCAAGUCGCACCAAAGCACACAGAAGGCUCCUCCAGCUCAGGUCACACCCCCUGCACGGUACAACGAGACUACACCAACCAUCAGCAAGUCACCACCGACCCCAAAGGACAUCACGCUCAAAAGUGUGGGAAAAGACCCCACGCAGCCUAAGCAAAGCCCGUUUUGGUCAACAAAUAAGAAUAAAAGCCCCUCUGCCCCUACACCUGCUCCUAGAACUGCCCCUUCACCUGCCCCCACAGCUUGGACUCCUAAAGCUGCCCCUUCACCUGCCCCCACAGCUUGGACUCCUAAAGCUGCCCCUUCACCUGCCCCCACAGCCGGGGCUCCUAAAGCUGCCCCUUCACCUGCCCCUGUAGCUUGGACUCCUAAAGCUGCCCCUUCACCUGCCCCCACAGCUUGGACUCCUAAAACUGCCCCUUCACCUGCCCCCACAGCUUGGACUCCUAAAGCUGCCCCUUCACCUGCUCCCGCAGCCGGGGCUCCUAAAGCAGAGCCUACACCUGCCCCCACGAGUGCCCCUAGAGCUGCACUUCGCUAUAAAGCCACAAAGGAUUCUGUGACUGUGAUUGUGAAACCUCCUGCUGAGGAGAAAGUACUCGGGGAGACGCCUAAAGGUCCAAGCAGCUCCGUCCUCAAGAACCAGGAGGCCAGACAGAGAUUCUUUGAGUCCGGGAGCAGCUCCGCGAGCCCCGUACCUGCCACUAAGGGCAUUACAACAACCCCAGCUCUUGAAAAGCCAGGUGCUGGAGGUGCAGGAGCUGCUGGAGGUGCAGGUAAAGGCAAGCUGGUGCAACGAGCUGGCAGCUGGGCAAAAGAAAAGAACAAGGAAAAGGAGAAUGAAAGUGAAAAGGAGAAAGCGAAGUCCGUCAUUAGCAAGUUUGUGUUUGACGAGAACAGCAGAAAGAGCAGCCCGCUUUCCCAGCACGCGGGCCUGAGCGCUAACGCUAAGACUAACGUUUCUCCCGCACCCACCGCCAGGUCCGGCCCGACCACCAGGGUGCUGCUGAAAGCACCAAAGUUUGAUGUAGAUCUCGGGCCAGACACGAGUCCAGCCGGGCCGUCCAGCUGGCUGCGCUCCCGGGACAAAUCUCCAUCCAGAGCAGCGAACACACAGCCUUCUGACAACAAGGAAAGCGCCGCAGCUCCUUCAUCCUGGAGAUCUCAACUCAAACCUGUGGAGAAGAACACGAAAUCCAGAAGCCCUCAGGACUCCGCUCCGGCGAGCGACCCCAAGGCGUCUAAUGCGGUCGCUCGGCCCUGGGAGUCGCCCAACCAGAGCUCCACGGCGCCAUCUACUGCUCCUGUUCAUGCAAACAGCGGCGGCGGCAAACUUCCCUCGAGCGUCGUGCUGGAGAUCAGCAUCGCGCCCGGCCGGGGUGGAGAGGACGGAUUUAAAGAGAUACACUCCCCAUCAGCGACGAGCCAGAAGCCCUUGAAGCCGGACUACAUCCCCCAAAAGGAGAUCCUGAGGGAGCUGAAGGAGAUCGAGAUGAAGCUGGAUGAUCUGGAGAAGGAAGGCGUGGCCCUGGAGAAGCAGCUGCGGCAGUGUGAGGAGGAGGAUCAGGAGGACGUGUUAACUAACGACCUGAUGGUGGACUGGUUUAAUCUGAUCCGCAGAAAGCAGGUGUACAUCCGCCGCGAGUCCGAGCUGGUCUACAUUGGGAGAUCUCAGGACCUGGAGGAGGAGCAGCCUACUGUUGAGGUGGAGCUUCGCAAACUGAUGGAUAAACCAGAACACCUGAAAACUUUGCGAGACAAGGAACGAGAAGAGGAGCUGAUGGCAAAACUGGUGGAAAUAGUCAACGACAGAAACGCGAUUGUGGACGGGCUCGAUGAGGACAGACUGAGGGAGGAAGAGGAGGAUGAGCAGCUGAAUAAGAUGAUGCAGAACCUGGACACAAAGAAAGAAAAGAAGAAGAGAUCCUCCAUGUCCAGGCUGUUUCGGCGCAAGAGCAAGCGCGAGGCCACUGAGGACUUAUAGUCUGUGUGUGUGUGUGUGUGUGUGUGUGUGUGUGUGUUUUAUCUCUGAGAUCUACCCAAAGUAAUUUCACCACAUCUUUAUUAUUAUUCUCUUAAAUGUCUUAUGUUUAAUAUAAGACAUCAGUUUCCGUCUUUAAAACUCUCUCUCUCUCUUUCUCUCACACUCACAUGCAAAACAGCCGGUGUGUGUGUGUGUGUGUGUGCGCGCGUGCUCUUAGCAUUUAUAGCAAUAACACACAAACCUACAAAGCUAGCUAAAUGACUUAAAGGCUAAAAAUUUUAAAUCACGACACAGUUGCGACGCUGCUGCCUGAAAUGAAUGAAGAAGAGAAAGUGUGUGUCCUUCCAAUGAGCGGAGACGGGUUUCAGUACGGGUCGGAUCACAUCACACUCUGAGAAAUGAGCUGUGUAAGGCGGGGGGGCUUUGAUGUAUUUCCUGGUGUAUGCUAAAGCGUUAUCAGAGGACACACUCGGGAGGUUAAACACUGAUUCAUAUUGAAUUACAGAGUCCCAAAGUUGUGUCUGUUCUUUUAAUAUCAUACUUUUAUGGAUCAUUUUUUAUAAAACCCUUAUUAGGUGUAGUUGUGUAGUAUGACCAGCAGGGGGCAGCCAGGAUCUGACACUAAACAACAUUCUGUAGGAACUGAAAAUACAGUUAAAAAAAUACAAAUCAGGUUCAAUUUUGAAAUUUGUUGAUUUUUAAAAAUAUAUAUGAAAUAUAUGUAUGUGUCUGAUAUAUAAAUAGAAUAUGAGCAUGGCAGCAUUGACUAAAUAAAUUAUUAGUAUUUAUGUGUAUAAGUGCUUUUGAAUUCUUACCUGCAAAAUGUCGUGAUUUUUUUUUUUGCCAUUUAUUUUAAAGUAAAAUUUUAGAUUUAUAUUGUGUAUGAAAAUUAAUAAAGUUUUUUCAAGA